CCUGGUGGCGGCGCGACGAAGCUAUCGCCGGCGGCCCCUGCACGGGCAAGCGGUGGGCGUUGAGCUGAUGCAGCGCAGCCGUUCGUAUGAAGCCGCUUCAACCGUGCUGAAUCCUCAGCCAUGGAGCUCCGAAGGCUCUUCAAAGACCCCACCCGCGCGCGCAUCGACGGCGGCGUGUUCGAGUUCAAGGUGGCCGGACUGGUGGCUGCUCGCCUGCGCGCGCUGCACCGGAAGCGGCCCGACCUGCGCUUCCUGUUGGCGACCAACGUGGACGGCGCCAACCCGUUCGACGACAUCGUCCUCCGCCUGCACUGGACGGAGGACGGCCGCGAGCGCACCCUCACCUACUUCGUGCAGCUCAAACACAAGGAGAACGUGGACAAGCCGGUCAGCGAGAAAGAUCUCACCGGGAAGAAAUGCCAACGAACGAAAGACUUCAACCUGCGGUACUACUUCACCAAGUACCGAGAAGCCCUGAAGAGCGUGCAGGGACCGGUGGCGAAACUAAAAAGCAACCAGCUGCAACUCCGAGACUGGCUUCAGGACGAUUUCCGCUUGAUUCUUCUCACACCUCGGGAAAUCUACCCAGAAAAGGCGCCCAGGGGCCCCAGCACGCUGUACUUCCCGUUCGAAGAAGUCUUCCAAACCGGGCAGGGCGAGGCGUUCUCUUUCGACGAAAAGGACACGGUGGUGUGGAACGUGUUCGAGGGGACGCCGGAGGAGCACGCGUACAAGCACGAGUUCCUGCCGCGGCUGCGCAUCGUGAGCGGGCAGGCGCAGGUGUCGGCGCUGGAGCCGCUGCUGGCGCGUGCCGUGGAGGACGCCCUGGGGGGCCCCUCCGCGCGCGCAGAGCGCCUCUUGGCGCAGUACUCGCUCUUCCUGCACCGCUGGUGGGACAGCGCCAGCGGCGACUGCCUCUCGGCGGACAGCUGCGAAAUGGAGCAGAUCAUCAUGGCGGACGUCAACAGCCAGUUCCAUCCGUUCCUCUUCCACGCGCGCUUCUACGGCGCCCUCGUGCAGAGGAUGUGGCAGUGGGAGGCGACUUACACCGUGGUGCCGGGGAUAUCUUCUCGGUUGCGGUGUGCCGUGCUGAGGAAGCUGUUGGAUGACAAUCACAAUGGACGAUUUGUCUUGCUUGCCGAUACUACGUUCAAGGAAUACCCGUUGACAGCCCUCGAGACCGUAUGUUCCAAGGUUUGCGAUGAAGUUGUGUUGAGUACGGAAGACACAGACAUCUUGUGCAAUUUUCUCCCCAAACUUCUUGCUAAGAAGAAGUGUAAGGUGAGAGUAAUAUCAUCGCAAUGGGAUGAAAAAGUGUUCACGCUGCUGACGUCCCACGUGUCCCGCUGCAACACUUGGUCGGAACGUUGGACGCUGGAUCUGGCGACUCCCGAAGAACAGCGGAAAAUCAUGGCGAGGAAAGUCAGCUUUCAAGGCCACGAGAUGCCACUGGCGUCGCUCGAGCCCGUCUGGCCGUCGCUGAGGAGAGGAGUGAGCGGAGAGGCUCUGUGUUCGCUGGCGUUGGGUGAAUCCAUCGACUUGGGAGCGCCCCUCCCACCCCUCGAUUCGCUGUUUCUUCCGCGCACAGCCGAGCACCGAGUCGCGCUUCAGCCCAGCAUCUUCGAUAUGCGCAGCGCUCGAGACCGAUUCCUGUUGAGCGGUUUUCCGGACGAUUUGCUGGAUCAACUCCGCAGCCCAGACGGCCCGUGGCAGGAGUGUCUUCCUUCCGGAGCUCUGGUGUCGACUUGUGAGCUGCCCCGGACAGGCUGGGGAGCAACUGGAGCUCAAUGCACUACCCUCCAGCGCCUUGCUGCGAUAGGGAAGAGAACAUCGCGGACCAAGUGGCGUGAAUGGGACCCUUUAAAGAAUUCUGACAAAAAGGAUGUGAAAUCUAAAACCAUGAAUGUGCAUUGGUUAACUUAUGAGAGGGGAGAGAUUAUAUGGAAUAGCACAGACGGAGAUAGUAGAGCCUUGCACAAAUACAUUCACAAAAUGACGUCCAAAUGUCGCGACUCACCGGUGUGCGGACACAGCGACAUUCGAGAUUUCUUGGAAUGGAGAGAUUCAACUAUACUUCUUACAGACAUUGCGGGAAUGGGUAAAUCCAUGUUCAUUACUCGAGUGGCUCACGCAAUAAAAGAAGCUAGAAAAACUAAUUGGGUACUUGUCGUUCGAAUGAGCGAAGGAAGAAUAAUGAACGAACUACCUGCAAGAAUUGAGCUUCAUCACGUGUUUGAAUUACUAAGACGGUCCAACGUCUCAAAGCAAAGCUCUUUUGUCGAAACAUCUACCAAAUUCUUGGAAGAAUGCUUCAACAAUACCGGCAGCAUGGACGUUCUCAUCGAUGGCGUAGACGAGGUGUGUCCGGUGCACAAAGAGAAAGCGUUGAAUAUCCUGAAACUCCUGCAGAGCACGCUGCACACGCGAGGCGGUCGGUUGUGGGUGGCCGCGAGGACGAUGCUGGAGGAAGACCUCGCUCAGACGCUCAAGUGCGCCGCACCGCUCACCCUACGUCCCUUCACGCCCCGGGACCAGCAGCGCUAUCUGAUGCUUCACUGGAAGAACAGUUUCAAAGACAUCGACCAGAAAGAGCUCGAGUCGCGAAUCGGAGUCCUGGUGAACGUUGUGCGUCAAGUGACAAGCAGUGGUGAUCAUAGCCUUUGUGACGUGCCUCUCUACACCUGUAUGUUGGCAAAGGCGUACGAGGGGGACGAACUCUUACCGUUAAUCGGCGACCACAGGGUUGAUCUCCCCUCUUGCAUCAAUCGACUCGCCCUGUACAAGAAGUUUGUGUUAAAAACUCUCUGUGUGGUUUGGGAUAAGGUAGGCAUCGCGGAAGAGGACAGAGUGAAUUUAGGCAUUUCUUCAGAAGAUGAGGUGUUAGAGAAGCAUAUGCUGUACGCGGUUUUAGAUUGUUUCAAUGACAAAAAGUUGCUGGGAGAAAACUAUGAAAAAGCCAAGAAAGCAGUGAAUGAACUAGAAAGUGAAUUUGAAAAGGAGAAAAUGCUAAAAAAGGGCAUCAUAUCUGACUUCAUAGACGGCAAGCCCACGUUUGUUCAUCGUUCGAUUACCGAGUAUCUGGCAGCACAGUGGUUACUCGGAAAAUAUAAGUCACUUUCUGACUUGACUCAAGCUUUGUACGACGGUGAUUUCGGGGAAGUUCGUUACUUCUUCGACGCUCUCAUGGCCGAAGGGCGUACCCUGCACGAAGCGGCUCUUGCCGGCCGUCUGACAGCAGUGCGCGCGGUUCUCAUCCACCCCGAAAAGGUUAACGAGGAGGAUCGCGGAGGGCGACGCGCCCUCCAUCUCGCGGCCAUCUGCGGCCACCAGCAAAUUGUCCGCGUGAUCCUAGAGGCUGGUGGGGACGCGAACCUGCGGGACAGCGUCCUGGGCUGGACGCCUCUUCGCUACGCAGACGCCAUUUUGCGUUUCCCUUCCGGCAAAUGGGAUUGGCUGUCCCUGAAGAAAGACGCGCUCCCUCAACUCACAGUGGCCGAACAACUGCUAAGCUUCCGCGCCAAAACGCGCGACGCGGUCAACAUCAUCAAGCAAGAAAACCUGCUGGACUACGCCUUCCGAAAGGACUACGCGGAAAUCGCCAAGAUCUUCGUGAAGAAAGGCGGGCCCAUCUUCGUCCAGAAACUGCGCGGCGAAAACUUCAUGCAUCGCGCUGCGUUCCAAGGCAGCCGCCAGGUCAUGGCGAUGCUGAUUCGUUCCGGCUUCUGCGUGAACGCCAGCGAGAAGAACCGCGGCGACACGCCGCUCCACGUGGCCGCGCAGGAAGGACUCAAAGACGUGUGCGAGCUCUUGCUGCAGAACGGGGCCUCCGUGAACAAAGCGGACAAAAACGGCGACACGCCCUUGCACAGGACGGCGCAAGAGGGCCACGACGCCGUGUGCUGCCUGUUCCUGGCGCGCGGGGCCGACAAGGACGCGAAGGACUCCGUGGGGCGCACGCCGCUGCACGACGCGGCCGUGCGGGGCCACGACGCCGUCUGCCGCGCCCUGCUGGAGAGCGGCGCGACGGUGAACGUGAGGGACUCGCGGCACGUGACCGCUCUCCACGAAGCCGCGCGCUGGGGACAUGCUGCCAUCUGUCGGAUGCUGCUGGAACACGGGGCGGACGCCACAGUGUUCAAUCUUCGCGGCGAGAGUGCGUUCGAUCUGGCGCGCAAGCACGAACACGAAGACGUGUGUGAGGUUGUGCGCGGCAACACUUCCAAAUAGUGCGCGGUGAAAAUGCGACGAAAAAGGAAGUGUGUUUACGGUCAGAGUAAGAUAAGAAAAAACAUGUACAUUAUAAGGCUUGAAAUAAAUGAAAAGGUCAUGGUAAAAUCACGUUAACUCAUACUUCAUUAGAGUUAAGAAAUGUGACUAUUAAGUUCUGGUACUUCUACUAAUGUAUAAAUGUAUAUAAAUUUAUGCCUAUGGACAAAGUAUUUUCAAAAUAGAAUAUAUUAACUUGAAUGUGUUUUUCUAGAUCUGAAACGUUACUUUAACAUGUUAACUCACUUUCGAUAAUUUCAUAGUAAACACAGUGAUCUCUUCGAAUUAUUUUAAUAUAUGGUAGAAAUGAAUGAUAGAUCUUGGUUACCUAUAUCUAUUCAUUAUUGUCAAGGUAGCUGUGAAAUGCAACAUUUCUCCUAACACUCACAAACUGAAUGUAAAUCUUCAUGUAUUAAAAAUGACUACAAACUUGAAAAAUAGCGUAAUCAAAACCUUACUCCUAAUUUAAUAGAACAAUAUUGCACCUGGCUUCAAACCUUCGAAAAAUAGAGAAGAAACUGCUAUUCUGAUGUGAAAGAUAAGUGAUGUUAUUUCCAAAGAUUAGUCCAUCAUUUAUACUGCUAAAAAGAUACAUAAUUUAUUUUUUCAUCACUUUAAUACAUCUACCAUUAUAGAACGAGUUAUAAAUUAUCAACGAAUUAUAAAUAUGCAAACAAGGGAAAAUAGGAAUGUUGAACCGAUACAAUUAUGAAAGUGAAACUAAACUUGCGGAACACAUUUAGACUGAAUGUUUUGCUUAGAAAAAUAUAUUGUGUGGUUAAAUUAUUCUUAGUCAAUCCUAUUUAUUAUCUGAGUGAACUUCA